ACUGAAGGCGCCUCAAUGGGCGGAUGGAGGCCGCGCAGGCACGCGCACGGCGUCGCGGGAACGAGCCCGCACCCUCAUGACGUCGACGAAAGCAAGAUGGCACCGAGCGGCGCAUGGCGGGGACCCUCUGGCGCUGGUGAUGACAGUGGAUCCCGGGGACCCUGUGAUGGUGAUGACGGUUCACUGCCCGGCAACCGUGCCAAGGGCGCGAGUCGCGCAGACAAGACCACGAUUUCAAAAAAGAAGUUCCAGAGGAACCCCAAUCAUUUCAAGAAACGUUGGGGCAGUGUGAAGGAAGGAAAAGGAUUUGCCUUCCAGCAGAAGGAAAAGAUUAAAUAUGAGUACAAGAAAUUACUGAGAAAAGAAAAGGGACAACAGCUUCCUCAAAAAGUCGAGUAUACAGACAAUUAUCCAGAUCACUUGCGUCAUCUCUAUCUGGCUGAAGAAGAGUUUCUCAAGAAACAAUCAAAGAAACCCAAACGUGAAGAAUCUGAAACAAAUCAAGUAGAUUCUCAAGAAGUGACAAUUAAAAAGAAAAAGAAACUGUCAUCGUAUCAAAAAACUAAAGAAGAAUAUGAGAAAAGACAAGCAGAAUAUAUACAGAAAAAAGAAGCGGCAGAAAAAAGACAAAAGGAUAAAGAAGAGGCACAGAGGAAAUACAAAGAACAAAAACUGGAGAGAUAUAAAAUGCUCUGCAAGAAAACAAGAACAGGCCAGCCAAACCUGAACCUGCAGAUGGAAUACUUGCUUAAAAAAAUCCAAGAUAAGACAUGAAAUAAAAUCGUCUAUUUCUGACUUUAACAUUGCCACCAUUUGUUCUCCUUUGGAUCUCAUUGGCUGUUUAAAAGAUUUUGAUGCAAUUGUCAUUCAAUCCCAAACAUGAGCAUUUGGUGAUAUUUCAUUCAGAUUGAUAUUUGAUACUAGUGACAAAAAUUUUUUAUUUGUAGGCAUGCAAAACUGGAAUGGUGAACACACAAACUCUGCUGGUAAAUUACAGUGAUUUUUUAAUGAUCAUCUUGAAUGAUAAGCGGGUGGCGUCAGCAGUCUGUCACGUCCCUUCUCUGUUUUUAUUAUUUUAAGUAUGUUUUAAAUGUGUGUUUCAAUGUUUCUAUUGGGGGGGGAGUCCGCGUCGCUCAAGCCGUAGGAGCGACGCGGACUCUUAACAUCACGGAGCUGCGAAGAAGUGCUCCGACCGCGGGGCCUGUGGACUUUUAACACCGUGAAGCCGCGGUCUCUGUUAAGAAGCAGCCGACUCGGGAACUCCAUGCCGCGGAGUGUUCCGAUCCGUCCCGAUGUCGGAGUUUCGAUCAUCCCGACGAGAGGGCCUGAACAUCGGACCGUCUAACGGCGAACUGCGGAGGGUUCAAAGGCCUCUGGGUGUUUAUGUUAAAUUUUAUUUUAUUUUGUAUUGUGUUCUUUUCACUUGAUAUGGCUGUAUGGUAACUCAAAUUUUGCUGUGCCUUAAUUGGUUAAGUGACAAUAAAUGCAAAAUUAAACUUUAAAAAAUGCAAAAUUAAUCUAGUCGCCAUGAAGUUUGAAAAAUGCAAAAUAUUGAGAUUUUGUUUGUAACUUUAAACUGUUCACUUGUAUCACUCUGGUUAAAUUUUAUGUUUCUAGACCUAUGAUGGCUUGUCAAUAUCUUUUCAUAUUGUGUACAUUAUGGAUUUUGUCAGCAAACAAGUGACCUGGUGACAUUUCUUACUUAACGGAUUAUAAAUGUAUUGGAGAAAAUAUCCACGAGCAUACCAACACCAAUUGUAUGUAAAAAUUAGAUGUCAUAGUAGUUCAUCUACAACAUGCAUCCUAAAUAGUGAAAGUAAAAAGUCGUAGGUGAAGUUAAUUCAUACGAUAACAAACAUUAGAUCAGUGGAAAAGGCCGAGACAUUUGCAGGCAGUCUUCAGCCAAUUUGAUUUAUUUCCCCAUAAUCUCAAGAAACAAUUGAAUACAGUGGAUUUAUGUUCAGUCUGCCUGCCAACAACCAACUCUUUGUCAUCGGCAAAUUAACCAAAUAGCAAGUAAAACUUAACAAUGAUCUCUUCACUAAUGCCUAAUUUGAGUUCUACCAAGAGUACAAUUUCAAAAUAGCAUCAUGGUCCAAAUGUAGAUAAGACUAUUAUGGGUCCAGGUUUUAUCCAUUCCUAUCAUACUUUUUUCAACAACAGCUAUGGCUAAAGUCUUAUUUAUCUACCUAUGCCCUUUGAAUUUAAAUCAUUUUAUAUUGAGAAUUAAAUGUUAUUCUAAUCUAAAAGUUGAAAUAAUUAUUUCUUAGGCCUGGGUUUAUUGUCACGUGUACCGAUGUACAAUGAAAAGCAUCGUUUUGCAUGCUAUCCAUUCAAGUGAGAUAAUGCUAUACAUAAAUGCAAUGAAGCCAAACUCAACUACAAUAGGUGGAGAGUAAGGUAAAGAUAAAGAAUGCAGAAUGUAGUUAUAAUAAUUUACCAAAUCUAUUGGUAUGCCCUUUUGACAGUUUGGACAAUAAAUAUCGUGAUUCCUGGCAUUUUGGAAGGAAAAAUGUCAGCUUAUAAAUUGAAGGAAAUGGAUCUUUAUCAUAGUGCCUUUCAUGUCCUGAACAUGUUCCAAAAAACUUCAAAAAGUGUUAAGUGGGGAAACAUGCUCAAAAGCUAAUUUAUGCAAAGUAAGACCACAAAAUUGCAACAAAAUUAAUAACCAGAUAAUCUGAUGUGAAACAAAGUGCUGUCGGAACUCAGUAGAUUAGGCAGUUCAGUGUGUAUUUGUACGUGACAAUUAAGCACCAUUGAUCAUCUGUGAAGGGCAUGGACAGUCAAUGCCUCGAAUUGGGACUCUUCCUUAGACUGGACAAGCACCGCCUUGGAUCAGGACCUCACCUCCAACCCAGAUUCCAACAAUGGCAGGUUUUUGUGUCUCCAAUCUAUGGAGGGAUAUGGGUUAAGUGAUGACUGAUGGCGAGGAGAACUAUUGUUCCUGAAAAUGUAUCAUGAUGUCUUUUACAUCCGCCAUAGAUUUCCAUGUGUUGUGCAUCACAGCAGAAAGGCAGCAAACCUGAGAGAAAUUCACAUUUAGUACUCAAAUAAAAUGUCAGCCUAGGUUAUGAAUUCAAGUCUUUGGAGCCAAACUUCAAUUCAUGCACACCUGAAUUUGGAAGCAAGCAUUCUGUUUUCACCUCAGCUGAUCAAAGCAUUUACAGACUGUUCCACAGAAACUGGAUUUCAUCUUUGUUGUUGCACUUAAACAAUCAUGCUUGUAGUGCUAGUACCAAAUUGAAAAGAAAAGUAAAUUGGUUUCAAAAAUGGAUAUGUUAAAUUAUGAUGUGCACAUGUCCAGAUAACAGUGCUCCAUUUUAUUGUGUAGUAGUCAGUGAAGAUUAUACCUUAAAAGGCACAUAGUAAAGUAAAAUAUCCUUUAUGGUCAUUCAGACCUUCCGGUCUGAACGAAAUAUCGUACCUUGCAGUCAUACAUAUAAUAAAA